CCGCGAGAAUAGACUGACUGACCAUCAAUGGAAGAAAAAUUUGCUUCAUUCGGGCAGUAGUGACGCUGAUAGCCAGACGGAUCUCUCACGCCUCGUGCGCUAGUCAUUGGAUUGGACGCUGCGAUAUACUUUUUGCGGUUGUUGCGGUACUAUAGAAGAUUUCCUUCGUGACAAGGAGUGCACGGUAUUUCCUUCCGAAUGUUGUGGGGCGGCGGAAAUUUGUGACACGCUUGAUAUUUCGGUGAGGAUUUCAACCUUGAAAUUCGGUGAAUCUGUUUUUUUGCGCGUAGAUGAACAGUGAACAGUGACGGAGAUUCUAUACUAGGAUUGUAGCAAUCGAGAUGUGUAAUGGUGUGAAAAAGGGAAUUCCUUUCAAUCACGAGUGAUUGAUUGAGGUAUCUAAUAGGAAGGCAUUGCAUAAAUGAAGAAUUCGACGAAAACAUUAGGAUAAUUAUAAUUAACAUAAUAUCGAUCCCAACGAAUCAAUAAUUCAGUACAAUAGAAGAACGAUGAUGUUAUCCUUUUUCGUGUUUUCUUCUACUAUGGACACAGGACGAAAAGCACUUUGAGUGAGGCAACUCUUUGGGAUGAAUAAGUGUUCGAUUAAAAUCUACAUAAUUGAUAGUGACUGAAUAUAAAUAAAGCCAUUCUCAAUAGUAAUCGUGAUAUGAAUCUUAAGAGCAAGACGUUAUCUUAUCAGUUGUGAUCUUAGCGAGUCUGCAGGGAAGAUUGCAGCGCCAUCGACGUCAGUCAACAAGCAAGCAAGAAGUCGGAAGCCAACUGGCACCAAUCGAUAAACGUAAUGAAGAGAGGUAGUAGCAAAAUAAACAAUAGCAAACUCAGGUUUUGCCACUGAAUUUGCAAACAAAAUAGCGUUUGACGAAUGCAACUCGCCUCAAAGUGAUGAAUCGUAUAAUCGUGCAAUAAAAUACAGUGUGUCUUCAAAUUCACAAAAGGUGCUGUCGUUGACGAAAAAAAGAAGCUCAGCACCAUUAAAGUGGCGUAAAUGGAAUACAAAAAAGUGUGCCAGUAGUGAAACAUCAGCAGAAGUAAAGUAAUAAUUGGUCAACCAGGUGAUUCGGGGCAUCGGAAAACACAGCGAAGCAAAGCAAAAACUCCGGAGAUUAUAAACACAUGCAAAAACAAGGCAAAAAUUAGCGGUGUUUGCGUUCUUUGACCAGUCACGACGACGACAACGUUCGCGGUAGGAAAGCGCGAAUCAGUGCGACAAUGGCUCUGAGCAAUUCGCAGAUGCAGAACAUCGAGGAUGAUGAUGAUGAUUUCCAGGAUGCAUGUGAUGAAGGUCCAUCGCCCCUCUGCGCCAUGGACCUGGAGGCGGCCCUAACAGAAGCCAAGCUGGCCGUCAAUCUGUUUUUCAACAACAAAUUCACCGAAGCGGAAGCACUGAUGAAACCAUGGGCCACCUCAAGCAUGUACCACUCGGUGGGCCACAGCGUGUUCGCCUACCUGGAAGCCAUGCUAACGUUCGAGCAGCAGCAUAUUGCGGCGGCUUCCGAUGCGCUGAAGCAGUGCUUGGGCGUGUGCAAUCGCUACCGGAAGAAGAACACCCUGACGGAAACCAUCGGAAAAACGUUCAAAAAGGUAAACUACGACCAGUACACGGACGUGGAGGCCCACGCAGAGCUGUGCACGGCGGAGGCGAUGCUACUGAAGGCGAUGCUAACGUUCAUCGAGGACGAAACGUUGACCAGUUUGAUCAAGGGCGGCAUGAAGAUCCGGAACUGUUUCGCCAUGUACAAAGAAUGCAACACCAUACUUAAUCAGAGGCGAUGGGAGUCGGAAAGUUCCAGAGUGCAUUUCGAAAGUGGAGUCCGGAUGGGCUUAGGGACAUUCAAUCUCAUGAUCUCGCUGCUUCCGGGAAGGGUAAUCAAACUGUUAGAGUUUAUAGGAUUUUCCGGAAAUAAGCAAUCCGGCAUGCAAGACUUAAUCAUAGGGUCGCAGAGCCUUGGCAUCCGACAGGUACUCUGCGUUAUGACCCUCCUAGGGUACAACCUAAUCGUAUGCUACGUCCUGAGUCACAAGGAAGGUGACCUGAAGUACUGCGACGAACUGCUGGCCAAACAGCUGAAGCAGUACCCGGACGGUGUUUGGUUCCUGUUCUUCAAGGGCCGGCUGGAGUUCAUGAAGGGCAACCUGGACGAUGCCCUGAUGUGGUACAAACGGUCCUGGAAGUCGCAGAACGUGUGGCCCCAGUUCCACCAUUUGUGCUUCUGGGAACUGCUGUGGGUGAACUGCUUACGACUAGACUGGCGAGAAUCGUUGCUCUUUGCCACGUACCUGGUGGAGCACAGCAAGUGGUCACGUACGAUCUACACAUAUCAGAAGGCAUCCAUCAUGUGCAUGAUGAAGCGAUCGGAUCUCACGUCCGUGGAACUGCGCACCCUGGAUGGACUGAUGAAGGAGGUUCCCAAGUAUAAACAACGAAUCGCAGGAAAAUCCCUACCGAUGGAGAAGUUUGCCUGCAAAAAGACUGACCGUUUCUUCGCCCAGCAAUCGUUUUUGUACGUGCCAGCGCUGGAGCUGAUGUACGUCUGGAAUCUGUUCAAAAUUCUUGGUAAGCAUUUCCAUUUGGCCGAUGGGGUGUUCCGGAUAGUGGAAGAAAACUUGAACGAAUUGGAGGAACGACAACGGAAGAAAACUAGCAGUCCAUUGAAUGCGUACGAUGUGGAUAAUAAGGCGCUACUGCUGUUACUUAAGGGAGCCUGUCUUAGGCAAAUGAAUAGUCCACUUCAGGCGUUGAGCUGCCUCGAAACCGUGGUUGCGAUGUUCAAAGAUCUCAAAGAAGACUUCUACCUAGUACCAUACGCCAUCGUGGAAAUUGCUCUCAUCUACGUGGAUCAAGGCAAAAAAGAACAGGCCAUUCUGGCCCUGGAAGAUGCCAAGAAAAACUACAGUGGCUACUCGUUGGAGUCUCGGUUGCACUUCCGCAUCCACACGGCCCUCAUCGAACUGAAAGGCAAAAGCUACGAAAACAUUCCGGCCGGUGGAGAUUAGGCUUACGAUUACGAUUUCAACUCUAGUGAAACAAAUUUUCUUUUACAUUUUGGGAACUGAAUCAAAGAAACGCAAAGGAAUCUAGUCCAGUAGACAAAUUGAUGGGUGAUACAUACGUAAAAGGACAAAUCGACAACGCGUAGUGUACUUAGACAAGAAUUGCAUUUAUGAAAUGGGUGGACAGAACCAUUUGGAUCGAAUUUAUCGCAGACGAUACAAAACAUAUUUUGUAAAGAUGAUUAAGAAUGAUAAACGCUUGAUCGUAGAACGAUUUGCAUAUAGAGUAGGUGUUAGUUUUCUGUUAUGUUUGAAACGGUUGAUUUCUGUUAAAACUCACUUAUAGCAAUGGCCACGACGAGAGUAGUAAGUCUAAAUGAAUGGAUAAAUCUACCAACAAAAAAACAUCUGAAUAAAGUGCACUCCAUUGAUGUUUA